GGAGUACUUGUGUUGGCGGGUGGCGGGCCUGAGGCAGCCCGGGUUGUGCUGAGGGCCACUCGGGAUCCGUUUUCAAGACAGCCUUGGCCUGGACCGUUCCACCCCGGGGCGGUUGAGGUAAGGACCUAAACUGUUUAUUACAAUGGAAGAAAUCAAUAAUUUCAAGACGCCAAGCAAAGUAUCUGAAAAAAAGAAAUCUGCAUUAUGUUCAACUCCAUGUAUAAAUAUUCCUGCUUCUCCAUUUAUGCAGAAGCUUGGCUUUGGCACUGGGGUAAACGUCUACCUUAUGAAAAGAUCUCCCAGAGGUUUGUCUCAUUCUCCUUGGGCUGUGAAAAAGAUUAACCCUAGAUGUAAUGAUCAUUAUCAAAGUAUGUAUCAAAAGAGACUAAUAGAUGAAGCUAAGAUUUUGAAAAACCUCCAUCAUCCAAACAUUGUAGGUUAUCGUGCUUUCACUGAAGCCAGUGAUGGUAGUCUUUGUCUUGCUAUGGAAUAUGGAGGUGAAAAGUCUCUAAAUGACUUAAUAGAAGAACGAAAUAAAGACAGCCAAGAUCCUUUUCCAGCAGCCAUAAUUUUAAAAGUUGCUUUGAACAUGGCGAGAGGGUUAAAGUAUCUACACCAAGAAAAGAAACUGCUUCAUGGAGACAUAAAGUCUUCAAAUGUUGUAAUUAAAGGUGAUUUUGAAACAAUUAAAAUCUGUGAUGUAGGAGUCUCUCUACCACUGGAUGAAAAUAUGACUGUGACUGACCCUGAGGCCUGUUACAUUGGCACUGAGCCUUGGAAACCCAAGGAAGCUUUGGAAGAGAAUGGGAUUAUUACUGACAAGGCAGAUAUAUUUGCCUUUGGCCUGACUCUGUGGGAAAUGAUGACUUUGUCUAUUCCACACAUUAAUCUCCCAGAUGAUGACGAUGAAGAUCAAACUUUUGAUGAAAGUGACUUUGACGAUGAAGCAUACUAUGCAGCUCUGGGGACGAGGCCUCCUGUUAAUAUGGAAGAACUAGAUGAAACGUACCAGAAAGUAAUUGAACUCUUCUCUGUAUGCACCAACGAAGAUCCUAAAGAUCGCCCUUCUGCCGCACACAUCGUGGAAGCUUUGGAAAUAGAUGUCCAGUGAUCCCCUCAUUUUUGUGACUCCUGAGCUUUACGUUGGCUCAUGUAUAUAACUGUUCUGUUUAGUGUAAUACAUUAUAUAGUUACCGUGAUAAGCUGUAAUUACUGUAUUUUUUGAAGUGACCAGCUUUAGGACCAUAGCUCCUAGAACAUUUAAACAAUUAUUUAUAUUUAACAUGUUUACGAUGGUAAGCAUUUGAGAUUGUAGAAGUUUUCUAUUAAGUUUAAGAAACUAGCUACUUAAGUAUAUGAAUUUGUUUGUACAGUUUAAAACACUAGCAAUAACACAAUAUGCUAUAAACUCUAUGUCUAACAAUUUAGAUUGAGUGACCAUUACUUUUAUUAAUGCUCAAAAAUUCUUUAUUUUAAUGGAUCUAUUGAGAUUAGCACUUUGCGCACUACAAAAUAAGUCUGUGUUUGCUUAUUUUUUUUAAACCAUUAAACUUUUUCCUGGCC